AUGCGUCUAAGAGGCCAAGUCAACGAAGUGAUGUCCGGUGUAAUAAUAGCGAAGGAUGGAAAUGACCAUGACGUUCGAAUUCUCUGCACAUGGAAUGCCAAUGGGCCCGCAGAUACCACAGGACCUAUAUCUUGGCAGUCCAUUGACAUCUGUUUCAGAGAGAUCUCCAGGUCUCCCUCGUUCGUGUGGGCUACGAACGCGGAAGAUACUUCGCUGUUGAUCGAGGGUUCAGCAGAUGAGCUGAACCGGGUUGAUCCGCAAAGUCUUGGAUCCACAGCAGCAUUUCAAUUUCUGCUCGACUGUCUGGUAGCUGCUGGCCGUGAGCAUGGUUGUGUGGGCAGGCUUGUGGUACCACAGUCCCGUGGGUAUAUCGUACGGUCCGAUAUCAUCCCAUUACGAUUACUGGACUGCCGGCCGGUGGCUGGUAUUGUGGGGUUCGCUAGACCCCAUCAGUUUUUUGAAGGAGAAUCUAUAUGUAUCAAAACAUUACACCAGGUUCUCAAUACGUUCGCCGUGUCUGCUGGAGGGAUGCUUUUGAAACAGAUUAAUACCGACAAAACCACGCUCGACUCGCAGUUAGAGGACCUCGAUGUGGAAUUGCGCAACCGAUUGUCAUUUCCUUGGCUGUUAACGCAGAGACCCAAGCGCAAAACCCUUGCUCUUGUUGAAGGCGGCCGUCGUAGCCCUGAUUAUCGAGGGAACGGAGAGACCGUCUUCACUGCGGCUGAAGCUCUAGGGAUUGACAUGGUAGUGCUCGACAACCCCGGACACUGGUUAGAAGGUCCCCGUUGGGCUCACUGGCGAAAAGCUUUCCUUCCGAUUGAAUGUACCUUGCAGUCUGAUGAGGUGUUUACGCGCCGGGUUGUUGAUGCAAUCCGCGCGUACGACGGUCACAUUGAUGGCCUCGUGACAUUCUGCGACCACUACCAAGAGCCAGUCGCUGCCGCCGCUUUGGAGCUCUCAUUGCCAGCGUGUUCUCCGGAAGCAUUUGCUCUUGCCACUGACAAGUUCAGGCUAAGAUUAUUUGAGGGACAUGAAGCAUAUGAAGCGUCCAGCGUGCAAGAAGCUACCAACAUCAUACUAGAGCACAACCUCGAGUUUCCACUUAUUUUCAAACCCCGUACUGGAUACCUCUCAGAGGGAGUGUUCAGAGUGGAGAGCCUCGCCCAGGUAGAGGAUGCUGUACAAUCGAUCAAUGUCGAGAGACACGGCACAGCCUUCGCCAUUGAGAGGUACUGUGACGGGCCGGAAGUGGAUGCAAACUUUAUACUUUGCGAUGGUGAGGUGUUACAUUUCGAAGUAUCCGACGAAUUUCCCAAAGGUGCGGAUGUUAACGGCAACGGAAACGUUGAAAGCUUUAUUGAACUAGGAGGUGUCUUCCCAUCCUGCCUCCCCGUUGAUGAACUUGCCCUCCUUCGAGACUCACUGCAUCGAAGUUUGUGUCAAAUGGGUUUCCGGGACGGGGUCUUCCAUCUCGAAGCGCGGGUUGCGAACUCAAGCAUGGAAUUUACGAAGAAAGACAAUGUGCUUGACUUAACCGAGCGCAGUGUUCCAGUCAAGGGAAAACCCUCAGUCUGGUUGAUCGAGGUGAACCCCCGACCACCCGGCAUCGAAGUCUCCGAUGUCUUGAAGCAUACGUAUGGCAUCGAUUACUGGGGCGUUGGAUUGCUCUUUGGUCUCCAAGACAGACAGCGUGUCAGGCAGCUUUCACAUACGUUUCUGCAAGGGCCGCAAUACUGGUCCGAGACAAUAUUCAUUCCGGUUGAAAAGGGUGGGAUCUUUGAUUCGGAGGACGUGUGUCUAGAACUCUUCAGCAGACGCCCUGAUCUUGCUGAAUGUGUCUCGUGGUAUCAUUGCCAUUAUAGCAAAGGCGCUCGCGUACCAGACCCUCGCACCACAGGUGUGUUUUCGUGGGCGGCACAUUUUAACAUAUUUUCGCGAUCAUCUCGGGCACACUUGUUGGAAAUCGCGGACUGCAUUAAGAAGGAGGUCAAGUUUUCUAUUAUAUAG